CUAAGCUUCUUUUAGCGUCUUCGUUUUCCACCGAGAUUUUCCCGUAACAAUGGAAUCCAUCCGACCGCAGCGUCUUCAGCCCGGGAUCGGAUUCGGAGCCGGGUCGACUGGGACGCUUCGGUCUUCUCUCCGACCGGGGGUUACCGUCCCCACGGCUCCGCCACAGCCGCCCUCGGCCUGUCUGUCCGCCUCGUCGGGGCCGCCGCCGCCGCCGCCGCCGCUUCAGCUCCACAGCCUCGGGGUCGGCCUGAUGGGCAGCGCCGGGAUGGGGGCCGCCGGACUGGCCGGGCUGGGGCUGUGCAAUCCGGGGAACCCGACGGUGCUGCGCGAAGCGGUGGAGGCUGUCGUGAGGAGCUUCGCGAAGCACACGCAGGGAUAUGGCAGAGUGAACGUGGUGGAGGCCCUGCAGGAGUUCUGGCAGAUGAAGCAGUCGCGGGGGGCAGACCUGCGGAACGGGGCGCUGGUGGUGUACGAGAUGGUGCCCUCCAACAACCCGCCCUACGUCUGCUACGUCAGCCUGCCGGGGGGCAGCUGCUUCGGGAGCUUCCAGUUCUGCCCCACGAAAGCGGAAGCCAGACGCAGCGCGGCCAAGAUCGCCCUGAUGAACUCCGUCUUCAACGAGCACCCAUCCCGCCGCAUCACCGACGACUUCAUCGAGAAGAGCGUGUGCGAGGCGCUGGCCUCCUUCAACGGAAACCGAGAGGAGGCGGAUAACCCCAGCACAGGCAUUGGUGCAUUCCGCUUCAUGCUGGAGUCUAACAAGGGAAAGUCCAUGCUGGAGUUCCAGGAGCUGAUGACCGUCUUCCAGCUACUUCACUGGAACGGGAGUCUGAAGGCGAUGAGGGAACGCCAGUGUUCCCGCCAGGAAGUCCUGGCUCACUACUCGCACCGGGCGCUGGAUGAUGACAUGCGCACCCAGAUGGCGGCUGAUUGGGUGAACCGGGAGCAGGGCGUGGCUGGCACCAUCUCGCGGGAGCUGGGGGCGAUCGAGCGGGAGCUGGAGCAGGCCAGGUUGGCGGGGCGGGAGCUGCGCUUCCACAAGGAGAAGAAGGACAUCCUGAUGCUGGCAGUGGGGCAGCUAGGCAACGCGAACGCCGCCACCCUGCCCACCAGUUGCUAGGCCCAGACUGGGGGCGGAGCAAAGGGAGGGUGGGAGGAGCCUCACACAUAGGCUCCGCUACAUUUAUGAUUUGUACAGGACAGCGCUGAGGCCAUUGAGCAGAUCCGGAAAACACCCUGGGCCACACUUGACAUGGCCGUCGCAGAGAACACCCGGGGCCACACUCAAAAUGGCCGUCGCAGAGAACACCACAGGCCACACUUAAAAUGGCCGUCGCAGAGAACACCACAGGCCACACUUAAAAUGGCCGUCGCAGAGAGCACUACAGGCCACACUCAAAAUGGCCAUCGCAGAGAACACCACAGGCCACACUCAAAAUGGCCAUCGCAGAGAACACCACAGGCCACACUUAAAACAACUGUCACAGGGUACGGUAGGGUCUGAAAACUUGUGAAUCUAAAAAAUUUUUUUAAACAUUUUUAUUUUGUUCUUUAAAAAAAAAAAAGAAAAAAAAAAUGAUCUGAAAGAUCAAUUUACUGUAUGUGUUUUUGGGCUCUUUGGAGGUUUCCGCCUUUGCGGAAAAUGACCUGACGGGAAGGCUUAUUUCAAAUGCUGUAUCUCUCAAAUGCUGUGUUGUGCCUCAGAAGAAAUACCUGCCUUAGAUCUAAAGGGAUCCAGACUUUACCGAACCAAACUCAGGUGGACGUCACAGUGACUGGCCACACCCCCGCUCCCUCACAGGGUACAGGAAGUGCUGUGUUCUUUUGGAUGCAAUUAGUGCAGCAGCGUAAUGCCUUUCAUAAAACAAGAACAGCAGGACCCUCCACCAGAUCUGACUGCCUGCCCCACCCCCACCCCACAGUAACUGCCAGCCGCAAGUCUAAUGAAAUCCAUUCAGAAAAUUGUUUCCCUCAAACCCGCCGAAAAACAAUUGACGUAUUUUCCAAAUGUGGCCUGAAACUGGCACACAACUGGAAAAAGCACAAAGACAGAUCCCCCCCUGCCCCCCCCGCCUUCCCCAUGUACUGUAUUCACUGAGCCUUUAGGCCCCAAACAAAUCAAAACAAGGCGAAGUAAAAACAAACUCCAUCCGAAGCAGGAAAUUGCAGCUUUUUGUAAGAUGAUUUUAACCAAUCAAGUAUGAUCGCUUUGAAAAAAUUUUGUGUAUAAAAUGUACAAUCCAAAAGUCAAGGGGUAUAUCAUGCAUAUGUAUUGAACUAUAUAUGAAAUAUGUCAUAGCUGGUAUGAUACACUCAUUUUAGGAAAAUGCUUCAGUUAUUGCCUUUUUAUAUCUGUAGGAAUAGGCGGUGUUUAUUGCAGAGCUGUACCAUUGCAAUAUACAGAACAUAUGUAAGUUUACAGUAUACAAUGUAUGUACUUUUAAUACAUAAUUUAGUAUUAUGUCUACAAUAUAUACAUAACAUUGUAUAUGUAACAGUGGCAAUCCAUAUAUUUUGUAGUUAUGUGCAUUAUACAUAGAUUGUAUUCAGAUAAAUUCCUCAUAUUUUGGGUCUCGUGUUCAAAUGGGCAGUAUGCUGGAAUGUACUUCUUUCUUCAUGAGGGAACGUGACUGGUUUCUAGGAUUUUAUUUUCCGAGAAUGAUUUGGUCAACAGAUAACCAAUGUCACAUUCAAAACCGUUUUUAUUUUGACUAUAUUGUCUCUCUCUCUCUCUCUCUCUCUCUCUCUCUAUUAUUUGACUUUGAUGAUGCAUCAACAAAAUUGAUGAUGCAUCAACAAAACUAACAGUUGGACUAUGAAAUUAAUUAUGUCAUUAAUUAUUAAGUGUUUAAGGGUUUGGAUAAGGAUGGAAGCGGAUGCAUUUACAACCGUCAUUAUCAACCCUGCUUCAUGAGACCAGACAAUGAAUGAACAGAUAGAUGUCGUCCUGUUGUCUGUGUACCAUGUGAUACAAAGACAAUGAGCGGAUGGAUGUCAUCCUAUUGUUUCUGUUCCAUGUGAUACAAAGACAAUGAGCGGAUGGAUGUCAUUCCACUGUCUCUGUACCGUGUGAUACAAAAAGCCAUAUUGACAAAGUGCAAUCCGUAGUGUAGUUUUAGCCUGGGAGAGUAAAACCUCAGGCUCUUUUUUUUACACACAUGUAUGAUUUUGUAAUUGCUAUCAUUAUUAUUACGAUGUUAUGUUAAAUGUAUAACUAUGACAAUGUACUUCCUAUGUACUUAAUGAUUUUUUUUUCCCCCCCAUUAUUUCAAAACCCUCCAGUAGCUUUUUAAUGAAUUCCUCUGAGGCCUGUGUCACACAGCGGGAUUACCGAGUGAAACCCAGAACAGUUCUUUUCACUUUUUUGUUCCUCAUUUGGGAGGUUUCCGGGUUUUACUCUGUGCCGUUCCCCAGCUAACUCGGUAAUCCUGUGUUGUGAUACAGUCUCCUGGUCCGACACAAGAUUUUUUUGAUGUGCAGUUUUUUUAGCACUUCAAAGUGAGCUGCAUAUAUUGAGUUUUGUAUGAAAUCCUCUUUUUAUGAUUCAAAAUCCGUUUUUCAGAUGUUGCAGUAUGUUUUUAUAAGCCGCAAACCGUAAGUGUUCGUAUAGACACUGAUUGUCAUCAGUCUCUUUUAUCCCAAAAUAAUGAUUUAUAAACUAACUACGCAUGCUUAAUUGAGUAAAAUGCAUUUUUAUGAAAAAUCAUACCACAGAAUGUUUUUUUGUUUGUUUCUUGUUAUUUGUAUUUUUAUGACCAAUUUUUAAGUAUUACUUUUUUUACUCAACAUAAGUUUGUAUUUCAAUUUUUUUUUAAUGCAAAUAAAACCAUGAAAAUGUU